GAUAAUUGUGACAAUGAGGUGCCAUUGAACUCAGUAUGUGCUGUGUACAUGUGACAAUGGCCCUUUGAAGGCAGUGCUGGGUAGUGCAGUGCAGUGCAGAACGGAAUGCGCGUGCGCGGGGCCGGCCCGUUUGUUUACACGGCAGGCGUGCCGCGGCGGUCACGUGAGCUGGCGGUGACGUCAGCGCGGUUGUCGGGGAACUGCCGCUGCGGCCUCUCAGGUGAAGGCUGCUCUCACAGUUUUUGAUUUAAUCUACGAUGGAGCUGGCAAGCAACUUUUUUCGUGUGGAGUUCCCAAAUUUCACAAGUACUUUACUGCAAAGAUUAAACCAACAGCGUCAUGAAGGACAGCUAUGUGACAUAACUAUUCAAGUUCAGGGCCAUUUAUUCAGGGCCCACAGGGCUGUGUUAGCAGCUAGUUCACCUUAUUUUUGUGAUCAGGUACUACUGAAGAAUAGUAAUCGGAUUCUCCUGCCAGAUGUGAUGAGCCCAAAGGCUUUUGAGAAUGUUUUGUUGUCUUGCUACACGGGAAAGCUCGUACUGCCAGCCACCGACAUUGUCAGCUACCUAACAGUCGCAAGCUUUCUUCAAAUGUGGCAUGUGGUGGAUAAGUGCACGGAACUCCUAAAGAUCCCCACUGUCCCAUACCAUAAGGCAAAUCAUUCCACUGACCAUCAGUCACCCAGCAGCAGUAAUUUCAAUGGUUUAGGGGAGCAUUCCGAACUCGGGGUUCUCGGACCGCCCGAACUCAGUAAAGGUCUGACCGACGAUUCAAAGGCUGAGGAGAAUGGCGAAGAGAGCCCCAAAGAGGAUAACGUGUCACCGCCCCAAUCAGUAGAUCAUGACAACCUUCCCAGCAAUUCAUCUGGGGAGCAGGAUCAUUUAAGUGCGGAAAUGAACAGCCAGGAUGGCGAGGAAGGAGCAAGCGACAGUGCGGAGUACACAUUUGCCAGGCCGCUCUAUAGUCAGCCCAGUAUAAUGCCUCACAAACGUUGGGUGUACGUGAAACAGGAAAGGUUUGAGCAGGAUUACGGUGAUGGGGUGACUCUCCCUGCAGUGGAAGAUCAUCAGGUCUCCGAGUCGGAAAACAACACUCAGGCCGAGCCAGUGAUACAAUCGUCAAGUAUUGACGACAGCUUUAAUAUUGUUGCUGCCAAAAAUCCCGAGGUGUUUGAGGAAGGGUCUGAGAAUCGUUCCUAUGAUGAACAGGUUGACUUCUACGGCUCCUCGCUUGAUGAAUUUUCAGCCGACCGGGGAGAUGGAAACGUCAGUGCACACCGCCAGGAUCCGCUAAUGGCAGCUGAAAUGCAGGUGAAUCGACUGCCCGGUUACGGCGCCGAUGGUGAACCUGGAACACCGGUCAAUGAAAAUACCCCUCACUCUGGCUUCACCGCUGUUGUUUACAAACUUUACCCCUGUCAGUGUGGCAAAAACUUCACUCACAAGAGUCAGCGGGAUCGCCAUAUGAGCAUGCAUCUUGGUCUUCGACCUUACGGCUGUGGUGUUUGUGGUAAGAAAUUUAAAAUGAAGCAUCAUCUUGUUGGCCAUAUGAAGAUCCACACUGGCAUUAAACCAUACGAGUGCCACAUCUGCAGUAAGAAAUUCAUGUGGCGAGACAGUUUCCAUCGGCAUGUGACGUCCUGCACAAAACUCUAUCGGGUCCCUGAUGUCCGCUGACCAAACCUUUGGGCCGAGUGGCCCGCUUAAAUUAUAUAUGGUACUUAUUAUAGUGAUGAUGUUGUAAGUGCUUUCGACUCAUUCAGAGGUUCCCUCAGUCACAGUAGAAUGUCAGUGGUGACAGCCUGGGGUUUGUGAGAAAAAUAUUGGUGCCAUGAUGACAUUUAUUGAACCAAAACCAUGUUACACUUUAAAUCUUGCACAACUAUGUGACUGCUAAUCAUCUGAAAUGAAAAAAGAUGAGCCUUAUGUACAUGUUAAAGUGGAAAGAGGUUAAAGCAAAGCUAAAAAUAAAUGUUGAUCUGUAUUUUGCUAA